GCCCUCCCGGCCGCACAGCUGGAACACACGCCGCUGCAGCCGACCGCGCCACGUCUCCUCGUCUCACUGCUGCCUCUGCUGCCACGUGUGCUACUCCAAGUCGACAGCUUGCCGGUGAGGUGUCGUGGGGCUGUGAUGUUCCAGCCACUGCUUCUGGUGUUACUGCUUCUUCCCGGACCUGAGCGCUACUGUGCAGCCAAGUACCACGUGGCGCACACUCUGCGUAUCGCCGGGCUGUUCGAAGAGGGCUCGCCCCCGGAGUGGGCGUUCGCCUUCCAGUCGGCAGUGGACGCCAUCAACCGGCAGACGGCGUCGUGGGCGCCGCAGCGCGUGUUCCGGCCCACGCUGGAGCCCGUCGUCAGGACGCUGAGCCGCGGCGACAGCUUCGGCACCGGCCGCGCAGUUUGCAAUCUGACGUCCGAGGGCGUGGCUGGCAUCGUCGGCCCGCGGCAGAGCGCCUCCACGGACAUCGUGCGCUCCGUGUGCGACCGGCUGGAGAUCCCGCAGAUCGUCACGAACUGGGAGCCGCGGCCGCCGCUGACGCGCUCCUACCAGUUCAACCUGCACCCCGACGCCAAGUUCAUCGCCCAGGCGCUGGUGGACGUGCUGCGCGAGCUGAAGUGGCGCUCCUACACGGUGCUGUACCAGGGCGACGAGUCGCUGGUGCGCCUGCGCAGUGUGCUGCAGGAGAGGGAGCCCCGGGACCCGCCCGUCGCCGUCCGGCAGCUGAGCCCAGACGGCGACCACAGACCGCUGCUGAAGGAGAUCAGGCAGUCUGGAGAGACGCGGCUGGUGCUGGACUGCGACACGGACACGGUGCCAGAGGUGAUGCGCCAGGCCGAGGAGAUCAAGCUCAUCGGCGUCUACCAGUCCUACCUCAUCACCUCGCUGGACACGCACACGCUGGACCUGGGUCGCUACCUGCGCAGCGGCGCCAACAUCACGACGCUGCGGCUCGUCCAGCCGGACAGCGAGCUCGUGCUGAAGAGCAUGCAGGACUUCCAGUACCUGCGCACGGCGCAGCCCAUCCACAUCAGACCGGAGACUCUGCGGACGGAGACGGCGCUGGUGUUCGACGCGGUGCACGUGCUGGCCAACGCGCUCUUCAAGGGCAGCACGGCGCAGCCGGUGCGCGAGCAGCGCCUGCCCUGCCACGGCGGCGUCGGCGCCGUCUGGGACCACGGCAUCGGCGUCCGAGAGUUCAUCCGCGACAUGCGGCACGAGGGUCUGUCCGGCGACAUCCUGUUCGACGCGAGCGGCUCGCGCGUGCGCUUCUCCCUGGACGUGCUGGAGUCUUCGUCCAGCGGCUUCCAGCGCGUCGCCACGUGGACUCCGCAAGAGGGCUUCCUCUCCAGCCGCACCGAGACGCAGGCGCAGCGACAGACGCAGAGCAUCAUAGAAGGCCGACACCUCAUCGUCUCAUCCCGCCUGGACGCACCAUACUUGCGUAUGAAGGCGCCCACCACACCUCCACGAGUCGGCAACGACCGUUACGAGGGCUACUCCAUGGACCUCAUCGCCAACAUCGCCGAGCUGCUCAACUUCACGUUUGAAUUCAAGCUGGCGCCAGACGGCGAGUACGGAACGUACGACAAGAGGAAGGGCACAUGGAACGGCCUCGUCGGAGAACUCAUCAACGGGAGGGCUGACCUAGCUAUUUGUGACUUGACCAUAACGGAAGAAAGACAGUCUGCAGUCGACUUUACUAUGCCAUUUAUGAAUCUCGGCAUCAGCAUCCUCUACACCAAGCCCGAGAAGCCCCCACCCAACCUAUUUUCUUUUUUGGACCCAUUCACGAUAGAUGUAUGGAUCUACAUGGCAACUGCUUUUCUUGGCGUAUCUGCGAUUUUCUUCGUUUUAGCAAGAAUGGCACCGAAUGAAUGGACGAGACCGCAUCCCUGUGAUCAAGAUAGCUCAGAACUUGAAAACACGUUCAGCUUGAUAAACAUUCUUUGGUUCACAAUGGGAUCUCUCAUGGGUGCCGGAUGCGAUCUCCUACCAAAGGCUGUAUCGACGCGGCUGCUGGCGGGCAUGUGGUGGUUCUUCACGCUGAUCGCGAUCGCGUCGUACACGGCCAACCUGGCCGCCUUCCUCACUAUCAGCAGGAUGGAGUCGCCCAUCAACAGCGUCCAGGACUUGGCCAAGCAGACCAAGAUCAAGUACGGCACCUUCGGCAGGGGCUCCACGGCAGCGUUCUUCAAGAAUUCUAACGACUCGUUGUACCAGCGGAUGUGGAUAGUGAUGAAGCAGGCACGGCCAGAUGUGUUUACCGACGAUAACCACGAGGGAGUGGAGCGAGUGAAGAAGGGGAAGGGCAACUACGCCUUCUUCAUGGAGUCCACCAGCAUCGAGUACCAGACGGCGCUCAACUGCGACCUGCGCAAAGUGGGCGGGCAGCUCGACUCCAAAGGCUACGGCAUCGCGCUGCCCCGAGACUCGCCGUACCGGACGGCGGUGAGCGGUGCGGUGCUGCAGCUGCAGGAGCGCGGCAACCUGAGCGCGCUCAAGAACCGCUGGUGGAAGGCGCCCGAGGGCCAGAAGUGCGACGAGGACGACCCGGCCAAGAACAGCACCGAGCUGGGCAUCCUCAACGUGGGCGGCGUCUUCCUCGUGCUCUUCUUCGGCACGCUCAUCGCUUUCGCCGUCUCCGUGUUGGAAUUCCUCUGGAACUGCCGCAAGAUCGCUGUAGAGGAAAUGAUGACGCCGUGGGAGGCGGUGGUGUCGGAGCUGCGGUUCAUCGUGCAGUGCGGUCUGGACGCGAAGCCGGUGCGCCGGCGGCGGGAGCCCGCGCCCAGCGACUGCAGCGACUCGCGGCUGCACUACGGCAGCCUCUGCAGCAGCGGCCGCAAGUAGGCGGGCGUGGACUCCAGCCGGCAGCGGGCGGCGUCGGGCAGCCUGACUACGCACACAGUGGCACUGUUGACGUUCCUGCGGCUCGCUCCUCCUCAUUGUGUUUAAUGUAUUUGAGUUUCUAGCAGCGUUAACGAUUGAGUAUUUGCGGACAGUGUUUCGACCGCUGACCCCUUGUCACCUCAGUAAGAUGUCCGGGCAGUGGUCUAAAUUCUGUGUGCUGCUCUGAUUGCAACCGCACCGUGAACUACCCAUCAAGUAGCACACUGUGUAAAGCCGUAUUGAACACACGUUCCACGCUAUGAAUCAAUUUUCUGCCUGUGCUCAUUCUCAUAUUCGGUGAAAUAAAUGUCUCCUUGGCUUUUUUAUGGCGGAUAAGAUGACCCAUAUACAUUGUAAGACAAAAAUAGACGACGUACAACCAGAUAAUUUUCCGAAUGGGACGCAAAUAGGUACACGUGAUGUACAUGUAUCACUUACAGACAAACAAAUACGUACAGUCUCAGAAAAAGUGAAUUAUUCACAAAUUAAGCAAGUCAGUAACGCGAUGGUCCACCUCUCUCCCUGUAAGCAGUAUUUCCGCUUGGUAUUCGUCGAGACCGUUGUUAAAUUGAAACGCGCCCUUAGAAAAAUUAUGAAUGACUGCGCUGGUAAACAUUCUUCCGUUAUUUGAUUUUCAAACAGCUGAGCCAAACUGAACGUACUCAGAUAUUUCUCUCUUUACUUAUUCUGAUCGUCGCUAAACAACAUUUUUAGCGCAACGCAGUCCGAAUUUCAAUAAUUCCCACAAAAGAAUGGCCCUGACUAACAAUAACCUAUACCUUUCAUGAAUCACUUGCCUCACAAAGAUCUUUGUUACUCGAACUACUGCAGUACAGCGAGUGCCACUACUGCCAGCUAGAUAAAAGAUUCUAACUACUGAAGGCACUAACUACUGAUAUGCAGAGUUAGCAAAUGAAAGAUUUUGAUAGAGAACAAACAAUGGAUUUACACUAAUAAUGUUGAAAAGUCAUCAUAUAGGUAUCUAUCAAUUAAUGACGUCCAUCUUUACAAAUUCUCUUUUUCUGGCGGACACACGUCCAGGUCGUCCGCUUACAGUAACCUCUCAAAACUCUGGCGUCUCUCUAUCCACAUCCGCCACUGCUGGCGGGCCGGCCGCGGUGGUGUAGCGGUUCUAGGCGUUCAGUCCGGAACCGCGCGACUGCUACGGUCGCAGGUUCGAAUCCUGCCUCGGGCAUGGAUGUGUGUGAUGUCCUUAGGUUAGUUAGGUUUAAGUAGUUCUAAGUUCCAGGGGGCUGAUGGCCAUAGAUGUUAAGUCCCAUAGUGCUCAGAGCCAUUUGAACCCACUGCUGGCGGCUCACCUCCAACUGCACAGCGCUACGCGCUGUUCACAUCCGACUGCCCAACACUACAAUAGCGAAUACUCCAACAACGCCAACCAACCACAGCCUGAACACAGCACAGUGAGUGAUUUUCAUACAGAGCGCUACGUGGCGUUACCAACAUAAAAACCUCUUGACCGACAUUGUGCCAAAUUCUGUCCAGUUAGAUCACAAAAAUCCCGAGCUCGUUGGAGGGGCCUGCCCAUAAUGCUCGAAAGGUUCUCAGUUAAGGAGAGAUCCGGCGCUCUUGCUGCCUAAGGAGGGGUUUGACAAGCACGAAUAGAAGUAUUAGAAACGGUGACUGCGAGCGGGCGGUCAUUACGUUACUAAGACAGCCCAGUGUGGCAUGACAUAAAGAGCAGCAAAAUGGGGCGUAGAAUAUCGUCGACGUACCACUGUGCUGUAGCAGUGCCGAAGAUGACAGCCAAAGGGCGUCCCGCUAUGAAAGGAAAUGACACCCCAGACCAUCACUCCUGGUUGUCGAGCUGUAUGGUGGGCGACAUUCAUGUUGGUAUCCCAUCCCUGCGUGGGACGUCUCCAGAUAUGUCUCCAGCCUGUAAUGGUCUUUGGAGUAGAAUUGUCAUCAGUGAUAAGUCCCGCUUGGAAAUGAACACCGAUGACCAGUGAAGACGUGAUGGAGAUGUCUUCGACAGUGGUGGGAUACCAAAUGACGAUGUUCUACGCCCCGUUUUGUUGCCCUUCGUUGCAAGCUAUACUGGGCCAACAUUUCAGAAAGAUAAUGCCUGCUCACACACCUUGGCCAGAAUGUCGCCAGAUCUCCCCCCAAUUGAGAACGUUUCGACCAUUAUGGGCAGCAACCUCCAACCAGUUCAAAAUUUUGAUGAUAUAACUUGCCAAGUGGACAGAAUUUGACACGAUAUCCCUCAGGAGGACAUCCGACGAUCCUGUCAAUGAAUGCAAAGCGCAAUAACUGGUUACAUUAGGACGAUUGGUGGACCAACGUGUUACUGACUUGCUCAACUUGUGAAGUUCUUUUUCUCGAAUAAAUCCAGUUUUCCGAAACUGUAAUCAUGUUUGUACAUGUACAUCACAGCUACCGAUUUCCGUCCCAUGUCCCAUUAGGGUAAUCCCUUCGUGGCCGGAAGCAUAAGCGACCAUUGCAAUCAAAAUAAGCUUCGCAUGUGAAAGGGGUCGAUGUCGAGAGAGAAAGAGAGAGAGAGAGAGAGAGAGAGAGAGAGAGAGAGAAAGAGAGAGAGAGAGAGAGAGAGAAGGGUUGUUUACUCUUCUUAUGACGCCCAAAAUUCUAGAAAAGUCAGUAGCCCCUCCGGAAACAUGGAGCUAAUCCAUCCGCUAUCACCAACAGAAGUGACAGACGACCUACCUCUCAAGGAAUGUCAGUAUGUAUUUCCGUGUCAGUGUAGCAUUUCGUAUAAAGAACACACUACUGGAAUAGCCGAGAAGUGCUAGAAACACUAGCAAAAAAGGUAAGCAAUUCGGUUAGCAUCGAGCACUGUUUGAGGUUUCUCUUUGCUUGUACCAUAUUUCAAAAGCUUGUAUUAGCUUCUUGUCCGAAUUUCUUGUCCGAACGUUUCACUUCUGUGCAUGCCUACACUCCACAAAUAUAUCUUCAGAAAAGACUUUUUAACAUAUGUAUUUAUAUUCUAUGUCAACAAAUAUAUGUUUUUCAGAAUUAUUCAUCACGCCGUUACCAGUCUGAUUUUAUAUCCUUUCUACUUGGACCAUCGUCACAUACUUUGAUGUUGAAAAAAUAGUGCUCAUCUACUGCUUUUAGUGUAACAUUUCCUACUAUAAUUGCCUGAGUACCAUCCAAUGUAAUUCGAAUAAAUACGAAUACUCUUCUUUUUCUCUAGUCGAUUUUCAUCUUAUAGUCUCUUGUAGGCACUAUACCUUCCAUUCAACUGCGCUUCGAAGUUCUUUGUCGUCCUAACAGAACUGCAAUGUCACCAGUAAAUCUCAAAGCUUGAAUCUCUUCUCCUUGAAAUUAAAUUUCCUUUAAAAAUUACUUCUUGGUUCCCUCUCAGCUUCCUCAGCGUACAGAUUGAAUAACAUCGAGAAUAGGCUACAACACUGCCUCAUUUCUGCUUUCAUUGCAUGUCCUUCAAGUCCAAUAAUUGCGAUCUGGUAUCUAGACAGGAUGUAAAUAACCUUUCGCUUCUUGUAUUUCAUCCCUAAAUCUUCAAAAUUUUAAAGAGUGUAAUCUAGUCGACUGUCAGGCCAUUCUCUAAAUACGAAACUGCAGUAAACCUUGAAUUACCUUCUUUCGACAUAUUUUCCGAGGUAAGUCACAGGGUCAGAAUUGCCUCGUAUGCUCCUACAUUUCUCCAGAAAUCACAUCAGUUUCCAAUCUUCUAUAAGUAAUACACAUCAAUAUUUUGCAACCCUGAGUUAUUAAGCUGAUGGUUCUGUAAAAUUCACACUUGUCAGCAUACGUCUUGUUAGCAGUUGAAAUUAUUACAUUAUUGCCUACAUCUUGCAUACCAGGUAGAACAGUUUAGACGUGGCCGCUUCUGUGACAGAAAUCAACAAUUCGGUGGAAAUUUUAGGUAGUCUGUGGACUUUGUAACGGCUUAGGGCUUUCAGUCCUUUCUCAAAUUGUUCUCGCAGUAUCGCAGCUCCGUUCUCAAUCUAGCUAUCUCCUCUUCUUUUUCUAAGUUACUGUCAUCAAGUUCGUUUCCCUUGUGUGAACCUUCUAUACACUCCUUGCACUCUUUAGACUUUUCAUUGUUUGGUACUGGAUUACCAUCUGAACUUUUUAUGUUCGUACAAAUGUUUCACUUUCCUUCAAAUAUCGCUUUAAUUUUCCAUGCUUCUAGAGUUUUGUACAUAUCCUCUAGCAAUUCCUACUUUCCCAUUUUCUACUUUCUGUCAAUCUCAUUUUUAGACGUCCGUAUUCCGUCUUGCCUGCAACGCCUCACACUUCACAAUGUCGCGGCAUCAAAGAAUCGACCACUGAAACAAGAUGACUAGGUUGAUAGUCGAAAAAUUUUGCGCAAAAAAAAAAUAAAA